AUGGGUAAGCCGUUUGCAGAGGCCAUAAAGAUUGGAGAAAUGGUGGAAAAUGGCUUGAAAACGGGUCCCAUCAUGAGCCAAUCAGCUAUAAGAGCCACUUCCCAAGAUAUCCAGAGCGGGUCAGGGGGUGUAGCAAAUCGCAAAAAGAAAGAAGAGGAAGCAAUGAUGGCUUCAAGUUUGAGAAAUCCUCAUCAACCCCGAGUAAUGAACGCCCAGCCAUAUGCCCGGCCGCAACAACAUUAUAAUCAGAAUCGAGCUCCACCUCCCAAAAACAACCCUCCUCACCAAGCCCCAUAUAAUCCACGUCCACCACAGAAUAAUUACCCAUAUAAUGCCCGUCCCCGUGAACCACCCAGAAAAACUAACUUCACACCCAUUGGUGAAUCAUAUUCCAAUCUCUUUCCAAAAUUAGUCCAAAUGGGCUUGUUACAGCCCGUACCUCCAAAAAGGCUAAACCCAGAGUCACCCUCCUACCGACCAGAACAAAAGCGGGUAGUAUUGAGAGAUGAGGAAGUCCCCGAUGUAACCAAUAACCCAUUGUCGGCUCACAACAACGGGCCAGCUAUUGGGAUAAUCUCUAAGGACAAAGAGUUUGACCCAGCUUUGAAAGCUAUCAUUGCUAUUGCCGACGUAGAAAAGAAACCCAAAGCGGCAGCGAAUCCAGCUAUGAAUGAGAAGAAGAGCAACUCCACUCCUCAAAGCAUAGAAAAGGCUGUGGAAGCCAAGACAUGGGCAGUACCUCCUAAAGAUGCCAUUCUCUAUGGUCCCAGAGCCCCUAGGAAGGAACAACUUGUGUUGAGUCCUCCCAAAAGGUUUGAGCAAAAUAAUGUCACGCUUAAGGUACUAAAGAUGUACGUACCAAAGGGGACUUAUGUGGUGCGGGGGCCGCUAAUUUCACCCAGGCUGACUGAGCCCGUGGUUAUCAGCCGCGCACCACAGAAUCCCAUGAAGGACCCCACUGCCGUCCCGUGGAACUACAAUAAAGCUGUGGUGACGUACAAGGGAAAGGAAAUCAUGGGGGAAGUGAAUGAAACGAACCCGUCUGGGAAGUACCUCAACCUGGAAGAAUUGAACAAAACCAAGCAGAAGCGUUUUCCGGUUAUAAAGCCAGUCCGUGCUGAGGAGGCAGAGGAAUUCUUUCAAAAGAUGAAAACCUCAGACUACGCUAUAAUUGAUCAACUCAGGAAGUCCCCCUCUCAGGUCUCACUUUUGUCCCUGUUGAUAAGCUCGAAUGAGCAUCAGAAAGCGCUGUUAAAGACGCUUAAUGCGGUCUAG